ACACGCGCACACGCACGCACACACACGCGCACACGCACGCACACACGCACACACACGCGCACACGCACGCACGCACGCGCGCACACGGACCCAUAGGCGCGCGCCGUUCUAUCCGGUAGGGAAUACGACAGCUUCCACACGGCAGUAGGUGCUAUACAAUAGGCAGUGGCGGGGUUGACACGGGAGCACCGCAGAGAGAAAGAAGCAAAAAAAAGGGGCAGCGUCCGCGAGAUAAAACCCCUGCCCUGCUGCCCUGCUGCCCAGAAUGAGCGGAGGUGUUUAUGGAGGAGACGAAGUGGGAGCGCUUGUCUUUGACAUCGGAUCGUACACGGUGCGUGCUGGAUAUGCCGGGGAGGAUUGUCCCAAGGCCGACUUCCCGACGGCGCUGGGCGUGGCGCUCGCCGAGCGCGAGGCAGACGGUGCCGCGGGACCGACCGACGGUGAUGCCGCAACGCGCAAGGAGCGCGCCGCCGCCGCGCGCACCUACUCCAUCGACACCAACGCCCUGCACGUGCCGCGCGAGGGCGUCGAGAUCUGCUCUCCGCUCAAGAACGGCAUGAUCGAGGACUGGGACAGCUUUCAGGCCAUCCUCGACCACACGUACCGCCGGCACAUCAAGUCGGAGACGCCGCUGCAUCCCGUGCUCAUGUCCGAGGCUCCCUGGAACGCGCGGGGAAAGAGGGAGAAGCUCACGGAGAUCAUGUUUGAGCACUACAACAUCCCCGCCUUCUUCCUGUGCAAGACGGCCGUACUCUCCGCCUUCGCGAACGGGCGCUCCACGGGUUUGGUCCUAGACAGCGGAGCGACGCACACCACUGCCAUCCCCGUGCACGACGGAUACGUCCUGCAGCAGGGCAUCGUGAAGUCGCCGCUCGCCGGAGACUUCAUCACCAUGCAGUGCCGCGAGCUCUUCCAGGAGACUGCCAUCGAGAUCACGCCGCCCUACCAGAUUGCCGCCAAGGAGCCGGUACGGGAGGGGGCGCCCCCAAACUGGAGGAAGAAGGAGAAGCUGCCGACCGUGAGCAAGUCCUGGCACACGUACAUGUGCAACGAGGUGAUCCAGGACUUCCAAGCGACGGUGCUCCAGGUUUCCGAUUCUCCCUACGACGAGCAGUCUGCUGCCCAGAUGCCGACCGUGCACUAUGAGUUCACCAACGGCUACAACUGCGACUUUGGGGCCGAGCGCCUCAAGAUUCCCGAGGGACUCUUUGAUCCCUCCAACGUGAAGGGGCUGUCGGGAAACACGAUGCUCGGAGUGAGCCACGUGGUCACCACGAGCGUGGGGAUGUGCGACAUCGACAUCCGACCGGGUCUCUAUGGGAGUGUGAUCGUGUCGGGAGGAAACACUCUCCUCCAAGGGUUCACCGAUCGCCUCAACCGAGACCUCUCACAGAAAACGCCGCCGAGCAUGAGACUCAAGCUCAUUGCCAGCCCCAGCACAGUGGAGCGGCGUUUCAGCUCCUGGGUCGGAGGCUCCAUCCUCGCCUCGCUGGGCACGUUCCAGCAGAUGUGGAUUUCCAAGCAGGAGUACGAGGAGGGAGGGAAGCAGUGCGUGGAGAGGAAAUGCCCCUGAGCCGCCCGAUCAUUGCAUCGAGCGGCGCCAGGCGACGGUGCGUCCGCGCGUGCGUGCGCACGAGAGCCGCUUCCAACGGGAGCUCCGGCACCGACUGUUUCACACGCGCGCGCUCUCUCGCGGAUUUUGACCGCCGGAGUUGGGACGGAC